AUGAUUUUUUCGGACCUAAUAUGUCCAGAAUUCCAGACAAUUGAUCUACAAGAAUUAGGAUUAUUUUCAACACAAUCACUUUAUAUAGCACAACCCUCGUUGUUGCUCUCCAUUAAAUACCCCCUUCCCAUGCCACCCCACCCCUGACGGUCCUGAAAAUUUUAAAUGUUAAAAUAUUAUUUGACAAGUCCUCCUCAAAUAUUUUAACUUGUCAAAAUUAAUAUUUAACAUUUAAAAUAUUUGGGACCAUUAGGGUGUGGGUGGCAUGGGGAGGGGGUGCUCAAGGCCGAUCCAAAAUGAGGUGUAAGCUAUACACCUCCUUUGAAGCUUUUCGAGACUGCUUACUCUAAAUUAACUAUAGAUGCCCCAAGAAAGCGCAGAAAAACAGAAAACACAUAUCGCCAAUUUGUUAAAGAGCUUUCAGGGACCAAAAGAAUGACCCAUUUCUUAAAAUAUGCCUCUAAUGAAUGGACAAAACUUGUCCCAGAACGUAAAAACUAUUAUAAAGAAAAAGCUACUAUCUCUAAUUCAUCCAGCAUAAAAAGAUGUGAAGAGACCAGAAAAAUAGGCGGGAAAUUAAAGAAAAUCAGACGAGCUUGUUCCUCAAUUACUUUUUUUAUAUCUUGCAAACAUAAAAUCUCGAAAAAAUCAAAUUUUAUUCAGCUUUCUAUCUCCCUAUUUAUUAUAUAAAAUUUGCCCGCUAAAAGACAGGAGGCUAAUUUUUUGUAAAAAAAAUUGAUAUAAAAAGCUAAUUAAUAGGGAAAAGGAGAGUAAGGAAUGAAAAAAUUUGUCAGCAGAUGCAAAAGAACCAUUUAAAAAUUUAGAAAUACUAGAUAGGGAAAGAUAUGAGUUUGAGAAAACUGCUGUAAGUAGGUUUGAGUUUAUUUUAAGGCUGCUAAGAGCUUCAGAGCCAAAAUUGCUACCAAAAACAAAUAAAAGGGUUUACGAUGUAUUCAAAGAGCAUUAUAUUGAAACUUUAAAAGAAAGUGGAUGGGUAAAUAUCGCAAAUACAGAAAAUAUAGCUAGAUUUAAUUACAAAAAACUAUCUGAAGAAGACAGAAAACAAUAUAAACAGUUAAGAAAAACAAAGAAAAAGGAAGAAAAUUUUGAUUUAUUUUUAAAAGUUUUAUCAAAAUCUUAUGUGAAUUUCAGAAAUUUGCCUUUGGAUAAUGAUAAGAAAGAAAUUCAAAUUGAGACGAAUUUCUUUGGAGAAGAAGAAGAUUAUGAAGAAGACUUUGAAGAUUUUUUCGCAAAUAUUGACUAUUAA